GCAUUUAGGCAGCCCAGCUUCCUAAUCACAAGAGCAAAGCCGAUAGUCCUCCUUGUCAAGAUGACCGAAGAGCAGGAAAAGGGUCUGUCUGGCGCUCCCAGCCCGACCAUGUCGGAGGAUUCCGCGGGGUCUCCCUGCCCUUCGGGCUCCGGCUCGGACGCGGAGAACACGAGACCCCAAGAGAACACCUUCCCCAAGAGCGACCAGGACCUGAAGAAAGAGAGCGACGAGGACAAGUUCCCGGUGUGCAUCCGAGAAGCCGUCAGCCAGGUCCUCAAGGGCUACGACUGGACCCUGGUGCCCAUGCCCGUCCGGGUGAACGGAUCCAGCAAGAACAAGCCCCACGUCAAGCGCCCCAUGAACGCGUUCAUGGUGUGGGCUCAAGCGGCUCGGAGGAAGCUGGCAGACCAGUAUCCGCACCUGCACAACGCCGAGCUGAGCAAGACGCUGGGGAAGCUCUGGAGGUUAUUGAAUGAGAGCGAGAAACGCCCAUUUGUGGAGGAGGCUGAACGCUUAAGAGUGCAACAUAAAAAAGACCAUCCAGACUACAAGUACCAGCCACGAAGGAGAAAGUCAGUGAAGAACGGACAGGCUGAGCAAGAAGAAGGAUCGGAGCAGACCCACAUCUCUCCAAAUGCUAUCUUCAAGGCCCUGCAGGCAGAUUCGCCCCAGUCUUCAUCCAGCAUGAGUGAAGUACAUUCACCUGGAGAGCAUUCUGGGCAAUCUCAAGGGCCACCUACUCCUCCUACCACUCCUAAAACAGAUGUCCAGCCUGGUAAGCAGGACCUGAAGCGGGAAGGUCGCCCACUGCAAGAAGGAGGAAGACAGCCACCCCAUAUUGACUUCCGAGACGUGGACAUUGGGGAACUCAGCAGUGAUGUCAUCUCUAACAUUGAGACUUUUGAUGUUAAUGAGUUUGACCAGUAUCUCCCGCCCAAUGGCCACCCAGGAGUUCCAGUCACCCAUGGCCAGCCUGGCCAAGUCACCUACACAGGCAGCUACGGGAUCAGUAGCACCACAGCUACCCCAGCAGGCACUGGGCAUGUCUGGAUGUCCAAGCAGCAGCAGCAGCCACCACCGCCUUCUCAGCAGCCACCCUCCCAAGCUCAGCCACAACCACCACCCCCACCGCCGCAGCAGCACACACUCACCACCCUGAGUAGUGAACCAGGUCAGCCUCAACAGAGGACACAUAUUAAGACCGAGCAGCUCAGUCCCAGCCAUUACACUGACCAACAGCAGCAUUCACCUCAGCAGAUCAGCUACAGUUCCUUCAAUCUCCAGCACUAUGGCUCUUCCUACCCGACCAUCACUCGCUCCCAGUAUGACUACACAGACCAUCAGAGCUCCAAUACUUACUACAGCCAUGCUGCCAGCCAGAGUUCCAGCCUCUAUUCUACAUUCACUUACAUGAACCCCACCCAGAGGCCCAUGUACACCCCAAUUGCAGACACUACGGGGGUACCUUCCAUUCCUCAGACCCAUAGCCCACAACACUGGGAACAGCCAGUCUAUACACAGCUCACCAGACCAUAAAGCUCUGAAGGAUGGUGUCAAUUCCCCAGACUUAUAAAAACAUUUUUUAAGCUAAAAGUGAAUGGAAGAGAGGAAAAAAAAAUAUCUCAGAAAUGCAUUGUGCACUACAAGACCCCUUCAAAACUGACCAGAUUAUUCUCAGUCAAGAAACAUUCCACGAUGGACUAAAUCCUUUGAUUUGAAGGCAGUUUUUUAUUUUCUUCAAACAGCCAGCUUAGCUUGCAUAGGUAUGAACUUGUUAAUUAUUUUUUAACAAUAACUAAAAACAAAAAAAAUGAAAACAUUUAAACUCAAAAGUAUUCCUCUGUGAGGAGUAUUCUCUAUUUUAAAUAUUUUUAGUAUGUAUUGUUUAUGAUUUGUUACCAAUAUGGGAUUUAUACGUACUUGUUUUUAGAGAAACUUUUAAAAACUGUUUUUUUCUUUUUUUGGGGGGGGGGGACAGUUGAACCACACUUAGCAAAAGAUUAUGCCUUAGCUUUUUUCCCUGCUGUCAGAGGUAUUUUUCUAUAGCUAACUGAUACUUUUAGAGACUAAAAUGUGUGCAUUAAAAAUCAAGGAAAAAAAAAUUGGGGGGAAGGAAAUAAGUGCUCAUUAACACGAUUGUGGGAAUUUGGAAAGAGACUUUUAUUUUUCUAGCAUGGAAAUAAAAUAUGUUGAGAGAGAAAAGAAUUAAAGAAAAAGCAAGAAUACCUUGAGCCUUAAAGUAACACUAUCAGACGCCUUAAAGAAAAAUCCUGUGAAAUCUUCCAAAAGACUUGCACAAUUAUUUUUUCCCCUGCCAAGGGAAAAUAUGGAAUUCCCAAGAAGAGAGUUUUAAAGGUCUGAAACUUUUUAAUUAUUAUUAUUUUAUUUGCAACGACAAGCACCAAGUUUGAAAGCCAGAACCAGCAUUCCCUACCUUGACCCCUUUUCUUCAGCUUCCAACACCAGGCCAACAUUUGUGAGACAAAUGAGGUCACUCAUAAAACCAGGAGCCUUCCCUGUAAAUUGCAUGAAAAACUAGAAUUCUUUAUCCCAUGAAGACAGCUUACAAAAGAAGGAGAAGGGAAUGACACAGGGACACCAGCUUUAGCAAGGUUCAUGGAUGACAGUAGUAGGUGGUUUUUCUUCUUUUAAAAUUAUAUAUAUUUAUUUUGUGAAAAAGAUGUUUUUAAUCGAGGUUUUUUUUUUCAAUUCCCCCCCUUCCAUAUUAGAAAUCUUUGUAAUGUAAAACAGAAAUACCAGCAUCUUACUCAGAGGGUAUAUGGUGCCUAAUUGUUAAAUUAUGGUCUAAAUCAAUAACCCUUUAUUUUAUUUAUCUCUCAGUCUUUUUGUAUUUUAUUAUUUCUUCAGAAUGUGUCUUAGGUUUGUACAAAUACCUGGCUCCUAUUUGUCUUUCUAUCUUUUCUAUUUCUUUGGUAAGAAUAAACUGGAAAGCUUUUUCUGUUUUUCUCAUUGUACAAACAAAGCAUGGCUAAUUAGUGUAUCACUGAGUUAUUUCUGCCUGAAUACUUUUGGACUCAUGAUUUGGAUCGGACUAAAUUAAUGCAACAGUAUGGUGAGCACAGAAGGUAAGAGUGGACUGAACCACUCUUUCGUUUGUGAAAAAUUCCCCAAGUUAAAGCCAAUCAGCAAACCUUCCUUUACAUGCGGAUGUCUGACUUGUGGGGAUUUCAUUUUGCAUGGAGGAACAUUUAACAAAUUCCCUAAAUUGCUAUCCAAAAUGGUCCAAUCCACCGUAUUGCCUUAAGGUUCCACCUCUUUAUUCUUUUGUCUGGAUAGGCCUAGGCUUAUUCUGCCCAAGUGAUGCAAAGCAACAGUGAAUGUAAACUAACAACGCAGGAAGUGGCACAUUUCCAUUAUUUAUCUGUCUCUUGAAGGGGCCGGAGAAAUGAAUGGGUGCUGCUGGAACCACCAGACAGCCUUUCACUUCAUUUGGGAGGAAAAUUAGAGAAAGCGACACUGGUGAACUUGUGGCCAAACAGUUAAAAUACUGCUUUUGGAAAAAGUUAGCUAACUUUUUUAUUUUAAAAUGUUAUAUUUGUUAAUUAUUUUAUAGGGAAUUCAGUAGAAGAAAAGCUUAAAGCACUCUUAUAAUAUGGUAUCUUUUCUACUAUAUUUAAAAAAGCAGAUCUCUUGAAAGUAUUUCUGUAACUUAAGUAAUGUCCUUUCAAAAAGAUUAGUUUUAGAUAAAAACAGUUUUUCAGUCAUUUUGUUUGCAAAAACCCUUUGGGUCUCUGUAAAACUUAUCCUUUUGUAUAUUAUUGUUUGCAAUAAAUACACAUUGUAUUAAACUUGGAAUGAAAGA